AUGUCGGGUCAGCCAGAAUCGUCCUCGUCAGCAGCAAGAAAAGCUUUGAAUGCCAAUGCAAAUGGCGCAGCCACGGACUACGAACUCCCUUGGGUCGAGAAAUACCGACCAGUCUAUCUUGAUGAUGUUGUGGGAAACUCCGAGACGAUUGAACGACUCAAGAUCAUUGCAAAAGAUGGAAAUAUGCCUCAUGUCAUCAUAUCAGGAAUGCCUGGAAUCGGCAAAACCACCUCCAUCCUGUGUCUUGCGCGGACUCUUCUAGGGGACGCGUACAAAGAGGCAGUUCUAGAAUUGAAUGCCAGUGAUGAGAGAGGUAUCGAUGUGGUUCGAAACAGGAUCAAAGGGUUUGCGCAGAAGAAGGUGACGUUGCCUCCUGGUCGGCAUAAGCUGGUGAUAUUGGAUGAAGCAGACAGUAUGACCUCGGGCGCGCAACAAGCGCUCCGAAGAACAAUGGAAAUCUAUUCGAACACCACUCGGUUUGCAUUCGCAUGCAACCAAUCAAACAAGAUCAUUGAACCGCUUCAGUCUCGAUGUGCGAUCCUAAGAUACUCCCGGCUGACGGACGCGCAAGUGGUGCAACGACUAAUGCAGAUAAUGGAGGCAGAAAAAGUCGAAUAUACCGAGGAUGGUCUGGCUGCCCUCGUGUUCAGUGCCGAAGGAGAUAUGCGACAAGCCAUCAACAACCUGCAAAGUACCUGGGCAGGAUUCGGACUCGUCAGUGGCGACAAUGUUUUCCGCGUGGUUGACAGUCCGCAUCCAGUCAAAGUACAAGCAAUGAUCAAGGCUUGCUGGGAAGGCAAGAUCGACAGUGCGGUGGACAGCUUGAAGGAAUUGUGGGAUCUGGGAUACUCCUCACACGACAUCAUAAGCACUAUGUUCCGAGUGACCAAGACGAUCCCCACAUUGUCAGAACAUUCGAAGCUCGAGUUCAUCAAGGAAAUUGGCUUCACGCACAUGCGUAUUCUAGAGGGAGUGCAAACAUUUCUGCAGUUGAGCGGAUGUCUGGCGAAGUUGUGCAAGAUCAACAUGAAGCCUGAAUUGUUCGAGGGGCCAGCAUAA